CUCGUGUAUUCGGAACUUCCUGGAUAAUUUUGUCGUUGCAAUACAUUUCGAAAAUUGUCGUUUGGAUAAUUGACAGUAUUGGAAUCUUGCUCCAAUGAGGAAUUCUCCGUAAUGUUAAGCAUGGCAUUUUGUAACACAUCCGACAUGGAUUUUCUAGACACAAUUCCCAUGUCCAUGGAUUCCUCAUCAUAUGACCUUCAAAAUGAAGUGGACAAAAUUUUGCAAGGCUCUGACAAAUUCCAGGACUACAGUAUACUAAACAACGACAGCAAUCAUGGAAAUAUUGAUUUCGAAACCAACAACCAAUCUGUUGAUGAUUGGAUCCAGAAUAUACAAUGCCAAUGGAAUGAUGUUGAUGUUGUCAAACUACAGAACAGUUUAUUGGACUCAUCAUUUGAGGUAGAAAAUAACAAUCCAAACUUAUUAGUUAACCCACAAACUGGACUACCAGUUAACCAUUUCUCACCAAGAAAACAAAUGUCCAGUUCAACAACAGUGAAAUCAGAAAAUGGACAGAAUUCAUUGCUAUCUGACAGCAGCCAGUUUACACUACAAACUGAUCAUAACUUGAACUGUGCAACUCGUGAGUCUACGUCAUUGUCUUCAGGUCAGACAAGAUUUUCAAAUGUAAAUAACAAUUCACAUGUUCAGACAGUGAAAGCUGUGUUGAGUUCUCCGUCCCACAACUCGCCAGUCUUGGUCAACCAUCUUCAACAGGGAUUAAGUAGUCGACAAGUAACAGUGACACAAAAUUCAGUCAAAAAGUCUGUGACCGUCUUAAAAUCCGACAAUUCGGAUCGUGCAUUUCCCAAACCUGUUUAUUCUUACAGUUGUCUCAUUGCAAUGGCCCUCAAGAACAGUAAAAAUGGAAGUCUUCCUGUUAGUGAAAUCUACACCUUCAUGACAGAACAUUUUCCCUACUUCAAGACAGCACCAGACGGUUGGAAGAAUUCUGUCAGACACAAUUUGUCCCUUAAUAAGUGCUUUGCUAAAGUGGAAACACCCAAAGUGACUGGAAACAACAGUAAAAAGGGCUGUUUAUGGGCCCUUAACCCAGAUAAGGUUGAAAAAAUGGAAGAUGAAAUUGCAAAACACAGAAAGAAAGAUUUGGAUGCUAUAAGAAGCAGUAUGGCCAUGCCAGAAAAAUUGGAGCUAAUUGAGGCCGGAAAAGCAGGACCAGUUGGAAGUCGCUCUGAGGGAGAGAGGGUCUUAACCCUACCUGUCACCACGUCGUCCCCCGCAACAACUGCCCGUGUGGUGAAGAUAUCUACCCCAGUAGACUCGUCCAUUAAACAAGAGGACUACCUCCAUAGUAUAGUGCUGGAUGGGAGUUUGUCAUUGGACAACCCUCUCCCAGAUCUAACAUUACAGAAUGGUAUAUGGGACGAUCUGUCAACAGAUAUGGAAUUACCACUGACCACGUCCUCAACCCUCAAUGCCUCGCCUCUCACCAUACAGGCAUCACCACUCACCAUCCAGUCUGUGGUUUCUUUAGCUGGAGUUUCUGGAGCCUUCCAAGGUCAAUUUACAUGCUCAUCCAGUCCCAUGUUAACCCUUACCCAGAAUGCAACAGUAUCUCCUGCAUGUCGCACACCGUCCAAGAUCGUCGAAGCUCAGAUCUAGUCAGGGAAAGAAAUGACCUUAGUUGUCUGAAACACUGCCAAGGUCAUCUGAUGUUGGUCAAUUCCAUGGAGAGAGGAGUAAUUUUUCUUAAAUCAUGUGUGGGAUUGACCAAGGUCACAUGGGGAGGGAUCAUUGACCAAGGUCACAUGGGGAGGGAUCAUUGUUGAAAUAACAUUCCAUUUUAUAUCAUUAUGGGGUUCUAUUUUGUCUGAGAUCCACAAACUACGGAUUAUAAAUAACAUCCAUUCAUAAAGAUUUUCCUUCAAUUUUGUCGAGUACACUUUAUUAAGCAAUAUUUAUACCUAUUUUAUCAAUGUAAGUUUAUCUUCUAAGCAGAGAAUCUAUGUAAACCAAAUAUUUACCACUACAGUACAAUAGAAACAUAUUCUUAUUCAUUUUUGGCUGGAAAAGGGGAGUGGUAAUUUCAUUGAGUAAAGAGGGAAAAAAAUGAAAAUUGAGAUAAUUUUUAGAGUUUGAUAAACAAUAUUCCUGCUGGAGAAUUUUUCUCAGAUUUAUUGAAAAUAUAAAUGGCAUAUUUAAUGAUUUGUUGCUCAUUCCAAAUAGUAA